GUGGCGGCCGUGUGAGGAGGGGGCAGGAGGCUGACCCGAAGACCUGUAUCAAGGAGUUGCACAAGAGGAGGAGAUAGGAGCUAGAAGCUUUCUGAAUGUGCAGCCUGCAGACUUAAGACUUCUUUGGAGACUCAAGAUGACUUGCCAGGAGAGAUGCUUUCUGGAGGGGUUGUGCUGAAGACAGAGCACUGCAGCCUCUGACAGGGACAGCUCCUGCUGGUCUGGAGCUGAGACCGACUUCUCUCCCCCUCUUUUCCCUUGGAGAUGUUGCAGAGAUUUAAUCUGACCUCUUCCUCCUCACCUGAAGCCUGCCGUGGCGAUGAUCCCACAGCCAGAUCCGACCACCAAAGAGAAGAGGAUUGUGCAUUUGAAGCUGGGCCGUCGUUGUAACUGAACUGGAAUUUACUCCCUGCUUGCGCUCCUGGAACGAGUGCCGUUCCUCUGCUUGUCUGUGUGUUUUGAGCUGCUCCUCCCUGAUCUUGUUUGGAAUUCCUGGGCUUUCCACGCUGAAUUUGCCCAUGGCUUUCCUGAUGAAGAAGAAGAAAUUCAAGUUUCAGACAAGUUUCACUCUAGAAGAGCUGACUGCUGUCCCCUUUGUGAAUGGGGUUCUGUUCUGCAAAAUCAGGCUGCUAGAUGGAGGAGACUUUGCUAGCUUAUCUACCAGAGAGGAAGUUCAGGAAAACUGUGUCCGCUGGAAAAAGAAAUUCACCUUUGUGUGUAAAAUGAGUGCCAACCCAGCCACAGGACUCCUGGACCCCUGCAUCUGCCGAGUAUCUGUCCGUAAGGAGCUGAAGGGCGGAAAAACCUACUCAAAGCUGGGCUUUGCUGAUCUAAAUCUGGCAGAAUUUGCGGGCUCUGGAUCCACUGUCCGUUGCUGCUUGCUGGAAGGAUAUGAUACUAAGAACACCCGACAGGACAACUCCAUCCUAAAGGUCAUGAUCGGAAUGUCCCUGCUCUCGGGGGACCCCUGCUUCAAAACGCCUCCUUCCACCGCCAAAUCCAUCACCAUACCAGGACAGGACUCUACCCUGCAGCUGACCUGUAAGGGCGAGGGAACCACAAGCAGCAGCAGCAGCAGUUCAGCCACGAUUGGCUCUCUGCGUCAGACCAAGCCAAGAACUGUCAUUCUCAGCUCGGGUGUCCCAGAAGAACCGGAUCAGAACCUGUCCAGCCCAGAGGAAGUCUUCCACUCGGGGCACUCGCGGAACUCCAGCUACGCCAGCCAGCAGUCCAAGAUCUCUGGUUACAGCACGGAGCACUCCCGUUCUUCUAGUAUGUCCGACUUGACCCAUCGCCGGAAUACCUCCACCAGCAGCAGUGCGUCUGGAGGGCUGAGUAUGACGGUGGAGUGUCCUGAGGGAGAGCGGGACCACAAACUAGAGAAGCCACCUCGCCCCCCCAGACCAGCCCUUCUGCUGGAUAGACCCUCCCGGAGGAAAAAGGAUUCAGUGGAGAGUCACCCAACCCGAGUGGAUGACACCAGGAUCGAUGCUGAUGAUAUAGUGGAGAAAAUAAUGCAGAGUCAGGACUUCACGGAUGUCAGCAAUACUGAAGACAGUAACCUGAGGUUGUUUGUGAGCAGAGAUGGAACAACUACAUUGAGUGGUAUUCAGCUGGGAAACAGGGUCUCAUCUGGAGUUUACGAGCCAGUGGUGAUUGAAACCCACUAAAUGUGAAGAACAGGGUAGAGCUGCUGGAAACAGGCCCCCUACCCAGUCCGCUGCCACAUGGAUGCCAACCUUUACCUCUCUUCAUGCAGCAUUCCAGAAGGGAUUUCUCCACGCCCCUCCCCAUACAUUUGCACUGCAGAACUACUCCGAGACCACUCCAGAUCAUGCACUUUUCCCUGCGUUGGCAUUACCCUUCUCUGCUUCCCGGUUCUUCCAGUGCCUACCUUCCCCCUGUUUCUGAUCAGACGCAAGGUGUCUGUUGGGCUUAUCCUUAGUCCUAGAGGAUGUUGCUCAUCUGCAUCCCUCACUCCACGCCUUCACUUGCAACAGGGGACUUCUCAGCUUCUGUCUCCCCAAAACAUUGGGUUAUACCACUGUGAACUCUUCAAACCACUGGGGGAGGGGGAAACCAUUCUAACCAAACCGAGAGCUGCUUGUUGGCGACACGGUGAAAUGGCCGCUUGCAGGAUGCUUUAUUCCAUUGACUCUGCAAGGGAACAUCACCUUCCAAGGCAACGGUUUUACUGAACAAGGUAUGCUAUGGUGUGCACUUCACCUUCCUACACUCAAAUCCCCAAACAUCCUCUUCUCAUAGGAAAUAUCUCCCAAAAGUGCAUUUCAGAAAACUACCGCAAUCCAGAUGGGAGGUGAUAAAUGGUUAAAUGCUAGUGCUUGUUAUACCACUAACUGCAUUACGCCCUUCCACUGCUGGGCAUGGAAGGGCAGUGUUCAUCUAUUAGCAUUAGCAGGAGCACUUUAGAGGUUCCAGAUUUUACCCGAAGGAGGCUUCUACUUGCUCUUCCAGGA